AUGAAGCUCACACCGGAGCUCCUAUCACGGAGCAGCUCAUCCAUAAACACGCUCAAGGACCGCUCGCUCGACCUGCGCGGGCUCAAGAUCCCAGCCAUCGAGAACCUCGGUGUGACCCACGAUCAAAACGACUCGAUCGACUUUACCGACAACGACAUCCGCUAUCUGGGCAACUUCCCGCUCCUUUCCCAACUCAAGCAUCUGCAGCUGGGCAACAAUUUGAUAUCGCGCAUCGACUCUCGGCUCGGGUACAGCCUACCCGCGCUUCACUCGCUCGAUCUCACCAACAACUCGAUAUCCGAUCUCGCCGAGGUGGGGCAUCUCAGCAGAUGCACGCGGCUAGAGUACCUGUGUUUGAUGGGAAACCCGGUCAGCCGGGAGAAGAAUUAUAGGGACUUUGUGAUAUGGAAGCUGCCCCAGGUGCGCGUGCUCGACUAUCAGAGGAUACGAGAUAAGGAGAGGGCACUGGCAAAGGAGCUGAUGGAGACAGAGGAAGGGAGACCGACAGAACUGGCGGCGAGCAUACUGAAGGACUCGGAAGCAAGCGCGAUGGAUGUCGAUGAUGUGGGAAAGAAGAAGACGUUCGAACCAGGACGACUGAAUGGGUCUUCGAGAAGGUUGCUCAGCGCGGAAGAGAGGAGAGCGAUCGAAGACGCCAUCGAAAAGAGCGAGAGUUUGGACGAGAUUAGGAGGUUGGAGGAGCAGCUCAAGAUGGGACAUACAUUUGCUGGGUCAUCAUAG